AUGCAGGCUCUUGAGGAAAAGAUCGAACGAGCCACCAUGACUAGGAAGCUGCCAGCCACUGUCCUUGCUGCGGCCAGUCGCGAUGGUUCCUUGGAGUACUUCAAACCCUUUGGCAAAAGUCGUUUAGAAGAAGACUCCCCACCAGUCUCGUCUGACACAACGUUCUGUCUCGCCUCUGUCACGAAGUUGGUCACGUCUGUGGCGGCAAUGCAGGUGGUUGAGCGUGGCUUAGUAGGGCUAGAUGAUGACAUUGCUAAAUUUCUACCCGAAUGGAAACAUCCGCAAAUUCUAGUUGGGUUUGAAGGGGAAGAAGACGGAGAGAAGCCUCUUUUGAUUCGAGCGCAGGAUCGGAUCACGUUGAGGCAGCUGUUAUCCCAUACUUCCGGGAUCGCUAGCUUGGACGAGGAAAAGCUAAUGAAAUACUACGCUGUUCUUGGCGAUAGCAGAGGAACCGUACUUAUGCGAUAUUUCAAGAAUGACGACCCUAAAGUCAAAGCAAAGGCAUUAGAGGAAGUUCGGGAGAUGAUGGGUAGUUUGUCGGUUGUGCCACUUUUAUUUGAACCAGGGACAGAUUGGGUGUACGGACAGGGUACCGAUUGGGCUGGCCAAAUCGUUGAGCGAGUCACAAAUAUGACUCUCGAGCAAUACUGCCUCGAAAACAUAUUUAAGCUGCUGGGAAUGACACAUACGACGUACCGUCUCUUGGACAAUCCACAUGUCGCUGCCAACCUUAUGCAUCUGACAUCUCGACGUCCCGAUGGCACUGUCCAACCGUCUGAGAGUGUAUAUCCAAUCAAUCCCAAAGUCGACAUGGGCGGUUCCAACCUAUAUACUUCUGGUACAGAUUUCCUGAAGCUCCUCUCAUCUUUGCUCCGUAACGAUGAGAAGUUACUUCAUCCUGAGACAACCGACCUCAUGUUCGGUUACCGCCUGCCUAACAGAAAGACGUUUGGACAUUUCCGAACUAAUCCCGAACAUCUCGAAGAUAACUUCGGUGACUUAGCUCCCGUCGUGGAUUGA